AUGGAGGUAAAGUCGGCGUCCUCGCAGGCUCCGGGCGGCGUGUGCUCGGUGUCCGCGGAGGAGAUCGAGAAGUGGAUGGAGGCAGCGAUGCACAUGGCCAAAGAUGCCCUAGAAAACCUUGAAGUUCCAGUUGGCUGCCUCAUGGUUUACAACAAUGAAAUUGUGGGGAAAGGAAGAAACGAAGUCAAUCAAACGAAAAAUGCGACUCGGCAUGCAGAAAUGGUGGCCAUCGAUCAGGUCCUAGAGUGGUGCCACCGCAGAGGCACGAGUCCCUCACAAGUGUUUGCACGCACGGCGCUCUACGUCACGGUGGAGCCCUGCAUCAUGUGUGCAGCUGCUCUCCGUCUGUUGAAAAUCCCACUGGUUGUAUACGGCUGUCGGAAUGAGCGGUUUGGUGGAUGCGGCUCAGUUCUGAAUGUUGCCUCUGCUGAUCUGCCACAUACAGGGGAGCCAUUUCAGUGCAUCCCUGGGUAUCGGGCUGAGGAAGCGGUGGAAAUGUUGAAGAUCUUCUACAAACAAGAAAAUCCAAAUGCUCCAAAAUCGAAAGUUCGAAAAAAAGAAUGCCAGAAAUCGUGA